AUGUCGGCGUUUAUGAACCUCCCAAGUGAACUCAUCUAUCAUAUCUUGGACUUCGUCCCCAAGCGCAGUCUCCUACAACGACGACCUCCCAUCAUCGAACUACUUCGGACCCUCAUUGCGAGACCAGAGUUGUUUGCCUACAUCGAUACCCUUUCACUACUGGGCCAUGACCAUUAUUACAACCUUGAACCCCUUCCUUUGCAGGAUGCGCAAGUCACCGAGGCAUUCUGGCAGUUCGCGCCCAUCAUAGCAACAUUCAACGUGCCCUUCGUAAACCAGUGGGUGCGGGAGCUCUGGUCAGGCAGCAUGGGCGCGUUUGCCGCUUUGCUGCUUACCCGUCUCUCCUGGACGACCAAUCUCACCAUCACUUACAACUUUGUUCGGAAGACGGACCUGAUCGGGAAAGUCCUCCAGGCGAAAGCGCUCGGCGGGCUACCCAGGUUCUAUCGGCUCAAGCACAUGGUCUAUAUACACGGCGAGGAGCCCUUCUAUUCUCCAGAGCAGAGCUCCAAGGAUGGAAUGGCUCUCUUCUAUGUGCCCACCGUCACAAACCUGGCCGUUUGGGUCAGGAACCCUGCGAUCUUCCGCUGGCUAGACGGGAAGCCCAACCUGGACCGCCUGACAUCACUUGACAUUGAAGGCUGUUGUCCAAACUUUGUGUCCAGGAUACUGGCUCUCACCCCCAACCUCAAGUCGCUUGCUUGGGCAUGUCACUACUCAUACAACACUCGCGAUCCAUGGGUCACGAGGAGUCUCAACUUGGAUGAAGUCAUCACGACACUGUCGCCUGUCCGUGGGACCUUGGAGAAGUUCCAGUUCAGGAUAUGCAUCGCCAACGGCUACUCGCCUGAGUAUGAACCGACGCUAUGCGUCUCGGGAUCCUUUGAGGACCUCGUCCAUUUCGAUCGCGUAACCCACCUCGACGUGCCGUUAGUGUGUCUUGCGGGGUUUGGACCGUGGCCUAAGCCACUGAGCCACUACGUCCCUCGCAGCGUCCAGGUGCUAUUCCUCUCAACCGCGCUGCUGUUCGAUAAGGCGGUGCCCUGGAUGCCGGAUGAAGACGAGGAGUGGCCGGAGCAGGGGGUCAUGGACCUGCUCGUGGAGUUGGAUAAGAGCUAUCGCACUAGACUACCGCGGCUGCGUCGGGUCAGUAUCAAUGAUGAUAUUGAUAGCUUGGACAUCUGUGGCCUCGAUCAUGUGUUGGAGGAGACGCCUAUGAGUCUAUAUGUUGAUAUUGUUCUGGGGCACUUUCGGCAUUGGCACAACUGGGGCUAA